GCGUCCGCGGCCCGGCCGCAGCCCAGGCCGCCGAGGGAGCGGCGGGGGCCGGCGCCAUGGCCGAGCGGGGCCGCCUGGGCCUGGCCGGCGCGCCCGCCGCGCUCAACACGCCGGUGCCCAUGAACCUGUUCGCCACCUGGGAGGUGGACGGCUCCAGCCCCAGCUGCGUGCCCAGGUUGUGCAGCCUGACCUUGAAGAAGCUGGUGGUCUUCAAGGAGCUGGAGAAGGAGCUCAUCUCCGUGGUGAUUGCCGUCAAGAUGCAGGGCUCCAAGCGGAUCCUGCGGUCCCACGAGAUCGUGCUGCCCCCUAGCGGACAAGUGGAGACCGACCUGGCGCUGACCUUCUCUCUGCAGUACCCCCACUUCCUGAAAAGAGAAGGCAACAGGCUUCAGAUCAUGCUGCAGCGAAGAAAGAGGUACAAGAACCGAACCAUCCUGGGCUACAAGACGCUGGCGGCUGGCUCCAUCAACAUGGCUGAGGUGCUGCAGCAGCCGGCGGAGGGCGGGCAGGUGCUGAGCCUCUGCAGCAACAUCAAGGAGGCCGCGGUCAAGGUGGCCGAGAUCUGGAUCUUCUCGCUGUCCAGCCAGCCCAUCGACCACGAGGACAGCGCCAUGCAGGCCGGCCCCAAGGCCAAGUCCACCGAGAACUACUCGGAGGAGGAGUAUGAGAGCUUCUCCUCUGAGCAGGAGGCCAGUGACGACGCCGUGCAGGGGCAGGAUUUGGAUGAGGAUGACUUUGAUGUGGGGAAGCCCAAGAAGCAGCGGCGAUCGAUAGUAAGAACGCCGUCCAUGACCAGGCAGCAAAACUUCAAGCAGAAAGUGGUGGCCCUGCUGCGGAGGUUUAAAGUCUCCGAUGAGGUCCUGGACUCGGAGCAGGACCCCGCAGAGCAUGUCCCCGAGGUCGAGGAAGACCUGGACCUCCUGUACGACACGCUGGACAUGGAGAACCCCAGUGACAGUGGCCCCGACAUGGAGGAUGACGACAGCGUCCUCAGCACCCCCAAGCCGAAGCUCAGGCCAUACUUCGAAGGCCUGUCCCACUCCAGCUCACAGACGGAGAUCGGGAGCGUCCACAGCGCCCGCAGCCAGAGGGAGCCUCCCAGCCCGGCCGACGUGCCCGAGAAGACGCGGGUCCUCGGAGGCAAGCAGCCCAGUGACAGCGUGUCCGAUUCGGUGGCCCACAGCACGCCCGCUCCUGGGGAGCCGCCAGCACCGCCCGAGGAAAGCCCCGAGGUGGAGACCUCUGCCCUGGACCUGUUCACCGAGAAGCUGCCGCCCAGCGGGCGGAUCACCAAGACGGAAUCCCUGGUCAUCCCCUCCACCAGGUCCGAGGGGAAGCAGGCGGGCCGCCGGGGCCGGAGUACGUCCCUGAAAGAACGGCAGCCGGCACGCCCGCAGAACGAGCGGGCCAACAGCCUGGACAACGAGCGCUGCCCCGACACGCGGAGCCAGCUGCAGAUUCCCAGGAAGACUGUGUACGACCAGUUAAACCACAUCCUCAUCUCCGACGACCAGCUCCCGGAAAACAUCAUUCUCGUGAACACCUCGGACUGGCAGGGGCAGUUCCUCUCAGAGGUGCUGCAGCGGCACACGCUCCCGGUGGUCUGCACCUGCUCUGCGGCCGACGUCCAGGCGGCCUUCAGCACCAUCGUGUCUCGGAUUCAGAGAUACUGCAACUGCAAUUCGCAGCCGCCGCCGCCCGUGAAGAUCGCGGUGGCGGGCGCGCAGCACUACCUCAGCGCCGUGCUGCGGCUCUUCGUGGACCAGCUGUCGCACAAGACCCCCGACUGGCUGGGCUACAUGCGCUUCCUCGUCAUCCCGCUGGGUUCCCACCCCGUGGCCCGGUACCUGGGCUCCGUGGACUACAGGUAUAACAACUUCUUCCAGGACCUGGCUUGGAGGGACCUGUUCAACAAGCUGGAGGCGCAGAGCGCCGUGCAGGACACGCCGGACAUAGUGUCAAGAAUCACCCAGUACAUUUCGGGGGCCAACUGCGCCCACCAGCUGCCCAUCGCGGAGGCCAUGCUGACCUACAAGCAGAAGAGGAGAAAGAACUUUCACUUUGACUUUACCCUCAGCCCCGAUGAGGAGUCUUCCCAGAAGUUCAUUCCCUUCGUUGGGGUGGUGAAAGUGGGGAUAGUGGAGCCCUCUUCGGCCACGUCAGGUGACUCAGAUGACGCGGCUCCCUCGGGCUCCAGCGUGCUCUCGUCCACCCCGCCGUCCACGUCUCCUGCGGCCAAGGAGGCCUCGCCCACCCCGCCCUCCUCCCCGUCGGUGAGCGGAGGCCUGUCCUCCCCCAGCCAGGGCGUCGGCGCCGAGCUCAUGGGGCUGCAGGUGGAUUACUGGACGGCAGCUCAGCCUGCAGACAGGAAGAGAGACGCGGAGAAGAAGGACUCGCCCACCACCAAAAACACACUCAAGUGCACCUUCCGGUCUCUCCAGGUCAGCAGGCUGCCCAGCAGCGGCGAGGCCGCGGCCACGCCCACCAUGUCCAUGACCGUGGUCACCAAGGAGAAGAACAAGAAGGUGAUGUUUUUGCCCAAGAAAACCAAGGACAAGGACGUGGAGUCCAAAAGCCAGUGCAUCGAGGGCAUCAGCCGCCUGAUCUGCACGGCCAAGCACCAGCAGAACAUGCUGCGGGUCCUCAUCGACGGCGUGGAGUGGAACGACGUCAAGUUCUUCCAGCUGGCGGCCCAGUGGUCCUCCCACGUCAAGCACUUCCCCAUCUGCAUCUUCGGACACUCCAAGUCCACCUUCUAGCCCCGCCUGCCGGGGGGCCGUGCCAGUUUCCGCUCUGCAGCCCCACGAUGGCCGCAGCCGGGAGGGCCCAGCUGCUUUUCUGUUCACACUUCAGUUUACCACAGAGACAGACCCUUAAAACCCCAGAGAGAAACAGUCUUAAGUAUGAACGCGCUCACAACCUGAAGACUAACGGGGCGGCCCCCACCGGGAGCCCUUAACUGCUCUGCUUAUUAACCAGAAUGUCCUGGCGGGGGUGGGAGGGCAGGCGGGAUCACGGAAGGUGUGUUUUGGCCUCAGGACUACCCCCCCACCCCGACCCAGUCCCCCCAACAAGAAGGGUUCUUGCCUUCGUGUCCUGUCCUUUCUGAAAGCCAGGACUACUCUGCUUCCUCAGGGAGCGGGGGUCCUGCGGGUGGCCCCGUGGACCCCAGGCUGCCUGUGCGCAGGCAGCGAGCUGGGGGCCGGGGGCCAGAGGCCAGAGGCCAGCCUUCUGUCAGGGACGUCAUGAGCGGAACACAGAGGCCAGUCAGCCCCGCCCUGGGCCCCCCGCCCACCAGCCGAGAGGGCCCCAGCGCCGCCCACUCUGGAUCCCAAUGAACUCCAGCCACCGGGGGCAGUGGAGGUUUUAUAGUAGCGGAUAUUUUUAAUGCUUUUAAAUACAUGUUAUAAUGUAGCUGCCAAACAGACGUUGCUCUUCUGAAAUCCCAGCAGCCCCUGAGCACAGAGGCAGAGCCAGCCGUGCCGCCCCCGCUCCCCGUGCCCUUCGCUGCCCCCGAGGCACCGCUUUGCUUCUGCGAGUCAUCCUGCCCCGAACAAAGUUGCCGCCUCAGCUCCACCGCCUGCCCCCACACUGGCCCCGCCUGCUGACUGGGGGUGUCUGGGCCAGGCAGGCAGGUGUCUGUCACCUGCACCACUAAUGUGGCCAGUGAGGCUCAGGCAAGGGGCCAAACCGUAGGGGCUCAAGCUCCGUUGGAGCCAUGGGUGCAGCCGGGUCCCCACCUGUCUAGGCUAGGCCCUUCAGAGCAAGGGAUUUGGGGUUUAGGUCCCCAGGGCGCGGGGGUGGGGGUGGGGUGGAGCACCCUGCCAUCCCCCUCCCUGUGCAGUUAGGCAGUGGCUGUCUUGACCCGAGGCCCGAGUCCCUUCCAGCCCUCCUGCUCAGCCCCAGCCCUGCCCCCAGGACUCCCCAGGAAGAGCCCACCUGCUCCACCUGGCCAUUGUGGCUGCAGGCCCGGGGUGCCCACCCAGGGGCUCUGAGCCCAGUUUUCUAGGGCUGAGAAACACACGGGCUGCGCUCAGAAAAACCGUGCCAAACGCCAGACAGGCUGCAGGUCUUCCCUGCUCUGUUGGAGGACAGGACUUCCAACAGCCCGUGGCAAGGAAGGGUCCCACUUGGGGGUGGAAGACAGUCCAUUUUUCUUACCUGUGACCUGCCUGCUUACCUCCCCCAGGUGGCUGUUCAGGGUCUGAGUGUCCAUGGCCAAGAGCCUUGGGCCUAGCAGGUGGACAGAUCUGAGCAUGCCCUUGGACCAGGGUCCUUGGACGGGAAGGACCUGGGUGAGAGUGUAGGCCACUGAGCCAAGGACCCCUUGGGCAGCUUGUGCAGUGUCCACCUGUGUCUACACCCAGCAGCUGCCUGGGACCUGUGAGUUUCCCCGCCCUCGUUCCCACCACUGGCUUCAGGGCCCUGAGUACUGCUCCUUGAGUUUCCUUUUCAGAGGUCACACUCAAAAGGAGAUGUGGCUGACACGCCCUUGACUUAGCUUUCCAGCUGCAGAGCUAGUUUUAGAGGAAGGGGCCAAAAGGGGCUGUCCUGUCCCAUCCAGCUGUGAGCUGUCCCCAUACCAAGGAGGAGACACCCAGCACCUCCACCCUGGGCAGGCCACGCUGUUCCUGGGCCCUGGAGGUCAUACAGACAGCCCCAGCCACCAUGACUCACUUAGAGACCUGGGCUCCGGUGCCUUGGUUUCCCCAUCAUCUAAUCGGGGAUCUAAACACUUCCCCCGCCUACCUCAUGGAGCUGUUUUGAGGACACAGAUAAAAGCACUUUGUCCCUCAAAGGAAGAUGACUCAGAAGCCAAAGCUGCCUGUGACUGAGGCGCAGCCCUGAGUGCACGGAGGGCAGUGUGGGGGCAGCUUGUGAGGAGCGCAGGGCCCAGACCGUGACCCCAGGACAGGAGCAGCCCCUGCAGAGCAGGGCUUCUCUGCCCACUGGGUGACCAGAGGUCACUGGGACUCAAACGCUAAGCCACUCGUCUCGUUCAGGCAAGGCCAGGCUCCUCACGGCCUGCGGCACAGUAUGGGCAGGAGCCACCCUCACUCAGGCCAGAUGGGAGGUCAGCUCCAGCCCUGUAUCCAGGCCACCGCUUUCUCCCUCUUUGUGUCAAGUCCCCAGGGUCACCGUCUCCUCAGGGCACGCAGGCCAGUGUCCCGAGUGUCAUGGCCGCAGCUCAGGGAGGAGAGGGGCAGUAGGAUUAGAGCGACCAGGGCCAGCUAGGCUGCGCUGUCCUCGCUGGCAGAUACCAAGACCUGCCUGGCCUUCAUCCCAGGACGCGUUCCUCAUGACAGGACUGCGCCGCUUGCUCCCAGAGGCCAGUUGCCUGACCCCUACACGUCCUUUGAUCCCCUUCUUGAGACCCCUCCUAUCCUGUGGCGGAGAGGAAGCUGCGUUCCUGGGGGCGGCCUCAGGGGCCGGGCUUGGGAGCCCUUUCCCUGGGUCUGGCGCUGCAGGCCAAGGGGCGCCGCUGCGUUCCUGCAGACCCCGUCCAGGUUUUGUGCGUUGUUUGGUUUCUAGGAUGUACGUGUUGCUAGCUUUUUUUUUUUUUUUUUUAAUGGAAAACAGGAUUAAUGUAAAUAGCGUUUUUGGGAAACAGAUUCUAAUCUGUCACGUAUGUGACCACGUGGACUAUUUUAAGGUGCUGAUGCGACACUAAUAAACCCGGGGAGCACUCCCAGGCCCUC